AUGGGAGAUCAAUUAUCAGCUGACGAAGACAGCAUUCAGCCCCUCAAGAGAUGUUCCAUUCUUUCAUAUGGCGUGGGUCACAUGCUCAAUGAUAUCACGUCGGCGUGUUGGUUUACAUACCUGUUGCUUUUCUUGACAGAUAUUGGACUUAGCCCGAGGUAUACUUGAUCAUUUUUAUUUUUAUUUUGAGUUUUCAUCUCCGGUUUUGAGUAUUGACUGUUGCUGUUUAUUAAUGCCCAUUUUCUUAUUCCAAAUUUAGGUUGACUUUUGCCUUUGGAAAAAAAAAUGACAGUUUUGAUUACUGUAUCUGACCAUUUCUGUAUGUUCGCUAGUCCCGCAGUCUUGGAGAUUUUUUGCCUUCAAAAUAUUUUAGAAACUGAAUAUUGACUAUCUAGUUGCCUUUUGUCCAGAUUUUUCAUGGUAUUUCUAUCAUUAUCUCACCCUAGUUUCUGUGUAAGAAUUUUCUUUUCGGGUAUAUUUUUUAUGUUAGAAAAUUAUACUGAAACAAGAAAGCAUAUAUUCCGUGUGAUAUCUCUCAGUCUGAGACGUCCGCCGACUUUUCCGUUUUAACCUUAGAAAAAUUAAUCCUUCAGUUUUGGAUUAUAUGUUAUAAUAAACUUUUAUUGGAUUAAAUUCUAGUUUUUAUUCUUGGCUCUGAACGUCUAUUAUUUUAGUUUCUUUUUUUAUAAUUAUUCUCACAUUCCUGUUGGCGACUCCAACAUCUCAGGAAUGCAUCGAUUGUUAUGCUCUCUGGUCAAAUAGCUGAUGGGUUUAUGACAGUAUUUUCUGGAGAAUUGGUAUGACUAAAAAAUUUCAUUUGUUGUUUCUAUCUUCUAUUUUGCUGUUUUACGAUAGCUUGAAUUUUCAUAUGAUUAUUAUUUUAUAUUUAUAUUUUCAUGCAUGAGGCUACUAGUCAUUGAAAUCCAUAGGAAAAUAUUUUGAUGGCACUUCCGCUGAUGCAAAUCCUAAAACCCAGAGAGUAUGCUCCAUUUUGGCGUGUAGUUAUUGAUAUAGACAACUCAUGCAAACCCUGUAUAAUCCGCUCCAUGUGAAGGAAUAAUUGCCUUAGCCAUAUUUCUACUUAUGAACAGCAUAAAGGUUCGUCUUUCAGUUAAAUAAGACUCCGUAUUUUGGUUGAAAAAGGUCUUUAAUCCAUUUUUAAGUAAAAAAAAUAGAUUCUUGAUGAGCCGAAAGAGGAGCAUAGUAAAUGCCAUUAUAUAUGAAUAAGUGAGAUCGAUUUCCAUUCACAAAAAGGGUUGAAACAUAUAGUGGAAGAGAAAAAAGAAGGAUCCGUCAAACAGAGGCAAAUAGGCAUUCCAAGUCCACCCUGAUGUGAACCAGAAGUCCCCUCCCUGCCUGACCAGAAUUCGUGAUAUGGGUUCUUCACAUUUUAUCAACCCACUUAUAUUAAUCUGAAAUUAUCCCAUGUUGAAGCAGAUUCUUUAUAUUCACGUUGCUCCUUCCUUUUAAAAGCUCAAUUACCGCCACUUAAAAAAUAGUUUUUUUCUUUUGUUGGCAUCAAACUGGGCAGAAUCUUUCAGUAGGAUAGUUUCUACCUCUGUUUAUGGGUUUUUUUUCUUCAUAUUUUUCAUAUUUUUCAAUAGGGUAACUUUGAUUUAUAUGUAUCUUGAUUGAAGUAGUGGGUAUACUUCAUAUUUUGCUAAAAUUGCAACCGCUAUGUGUCAGAUUGACAGGUUUGGACACUUCAAAUUAUGGCAUGUUGGAGGAUCCGUUCUGGUUGCCAUUUCGUUCUCUUCAGUAUUCGGGGGCUGCCUCCUGUGUCAGUUACUAGGGAUCAAUACUGAUUUGCUAGAAACGAUUGGGUACAGCAUAUUCGCUGCAAUUUUCAACGUGGGUUGGGCUGCAACCCAAGUUUCACAUAUGUAAGUCUGUGAUAUACUCUGUGUCCCCUUUUUCUUUCUUUUUUUUUUUCCAACAUGAACUUGAAUUUUAUUUUUUUAUUUUUUAUUUUUCAUUUCUAGGGCGAUGGUGAAUUGCAUGACGUUAAACGAUACAAGCAGAGUGGCGCUUGCCAGCUGUCGCAAUGCCUUCACGAUGGUCUGAUAUCGAUUAAUGAUAUUUUUGCAAUCCCAUUAUAGCUAGUUUGCUUUCUGACUGACUACUUUUGGAUUCUUGAAGGUCGCAAAUCUCAGCCUCUAUGCUAUUGCUUUGGUUGUUUUCAGUAUAUUUGAUGCGAAAUCAUCUUCAGGUAUCCAAAACCAGGUAUAUACCAACAGGAAUCCUAUAUUUUAUGAUCUUUUCCGAGGGUUCUGUCCCAUAUCUGAACUUGGAUCAUCUAUCUCUGAUCAGUAUCGCUGGAUUGCCUAUGUGUCGAUCUUCAUUGGGUCCUGUUUCGUGGGCAUAUUCCUUUUGGGAACCAAAGAACCGCAGUAAGUAUGAUCCAUUUGGGCGGAAAAACAUGCAUCAUAUUUUUAUUUUAUUUAUUCUUGUUUUAUGUUUCACAUUUCUGGCCGUGUAGGUUGAAGCAACAACAGUGCAAGCACUACCAAAGAGUUUCAUGGACAUACUGGUUCAGUAAAUUGUUGUAUUAUCAAGUCGCCUUAGUGUAUAUGUUUACCAGAUUGGUGACGAACAUCUCUCAGGUUGGUUUUCCUUCCACAUUCUUUCUUGUACACCGGAAGUUCUGGGUUACCUUUUUCUUAUCAAGUUAAUUGAGCCCAAUUCUCAAAGUUGCUAUUUUUGCUUGGUUUUAUGAAAAUCGGUAAGAAAAUAAGAAUAUGUUCCUUCCUAGAGGAAUAUUCUUCUUCACCUUGCUGUUAGUGCAAAAUAGAAACAAGGGUGGGUUUAAGGCUUUUGAUUUUGAGUUUAAACGUGAUAUCGCUUCCUGAAAAUUUUGGUUGGACAGGCAUAUUUCAGCCGGUCAUCUACAUAAUUUCGAUAGCUGUGUUUUCAUUUAUGCAGUCUUUGCUGGCAUUCUAUGUUAUCAAUGAUUUGGAAAUGACCCAAUCAUCAAAAGCCUCUGUGAGACUCCUCUCUCUCUCUCUCUCUCUCUCUCUCUCUCUCUCUCUCUCUCUCUCUCUCUCUCUAUUUACUUGCUGACUUCUGUUUGUAGAUACCUGCCAUAAUCUACAUAUGCAGCUUUGUGGUAUCCAUCGUCUUGCAGGUACUUUGAUAUGACUUAAAUGGCUAUCUGACUUUGAUAAAGAUAUCAAAUUGAGGCUAUGAUUCUCACAUGCAGGAGAUGAAAUGGAAUGGGUGGCGUCUUAAGUUUUUCUACACGAUUGGAGCCAUACUGUGGAUAUUUUCUGGUGCCGGAAUAUUCUUUCUUCCCAGCAAGAUCCACAACUUCAUGUAUCUUUUAUCAAUAACCACUGGGAUCGCCAAUGCCCUGAUGACUGUAUGUUUCUUCUAUCCAUGAGAUCAUGCUCUUUGAGUUUACUAUAUUCGGAUCAUUUUCAGCUAUUUACUGGUUAUUUUUCUCUGGGCAUUUCUCUGGGGAGCAGGUUACAGGAAUCAGCAUGGAGAGCGUGUUGGUGGGCAACAACCUCCAGGGAUGUGCGUUUGUCUACGGAUCUCUGAGCUUCCUGGACAAAAUAUCUUGUGGGCUCGCCUUAUUUUUCCUCGAAUCAUUCCAAAGUUCGUCCUUGAUCGACCCAUUAAUUUGGAUUAAUUACCCUCGUUCCCUCAUUUAAUAAUUAAUUUUCUCCAUGACCCUGAUCAUCUUCUGGCAUCAGGUUCUCCGAGCACUGAAGGCUGCCACGACAUCAGAGGCUGCCAGUCGGUCACCAGAUACGGUUCCGGUCUCGUCCCUGCGUUCUUCGCUCUUCUGGGAGCCAUCGUCGCCUACACCAUGAAGAUUCACGAUAUCAAGCCGGUGCCUCUGGUUGAGCCUCUCCUCGUCUAG